AUGUUCACCUUCACUCCCUUGCUUGGGGCUCAAAGCGACUCGCGGGCAUCGCAGUCCAUUCUCGAGCUAGAUGGCGGGAUCAAAGUCCUGGUCGACGUUGGAUGGGAUGAACGCUUCGAUACUCGUCAAUUGGCCGAGAUAGAAAAGCAUACGUCGACUCUAUCCUUCAUUCUGCUCACCCAUCCCACCACUGUUCAUAUUGGUGCCUUUGCACACUGUUGCAAACACAUUCCCGUCUUCGCUCAGAUUCCCAUCUACGCUACUCCGCCUGUGAUUGCGUUCGGUCGCACCCUGCUGCAAGACCUCUACUCCUCUUCUCCUCUAGCUGCAACCUUCAUCCCCGGCUCGGGCUCUCCGGAAGAUGGCUCGAGUUCGGAUGAUAAGUCUCGAUCGAACAUCCUCCGCCAGGCUCCCACUUUCGAAGAAAUAAACAAGUACUUUCAGUUGAUCACGCCGUUGAAAUACUCACAGCCACUUCAACCCACACCGUCCCAGUUCUCCGCCCCCGUCGAAGGGCUGACCGUGACUGCGUACAAUGCGGGACAUACCCUCGGCGGCACAAUCUGGCAUAUACAGCAUGGUCUGGAGUCGAUUGUCUACGCGGUGGACUGGAAUCAAGCAAGAGAAAAUGUGGUGGCCGGCGCGGCCUGGUUUGGUGGGGUCGGAGGAGCCGAGGUCAUCGAACAAUUGCGCAAGCCUAGUGCUCUAGUAUGCAGCAGCGUUGGGGCAACAAGAGUAGCCUUGUCGGGUGGUCGCAAAGCUCGAGAUGACGCGCUCCUAGGCCACAUUAAGAGCAGUAUCGCCAAGGGUGGGACGGUGCUGAUACCUACCGAUUCGGCUGCUCGAGUGCUCGAGUUGGCCUGGUUACUGGAGAAGUCGUGGUCAGAUCCUGCCCAUGCCGCCUCUUUAAAGCCGGCCAAAGUAUACAUGGCGAGCAGAUCGGGCAAUGCAACGUUGCGCCACGCCAGGAGUCUUCUCGAAUGGAUGGACGACAGUAUUGUGCGGGAAUUUGAAGGAGAAGACGAAAACCCAGGCACUCAAAACUAUAGAAGGGGCGGCGGCGAAAAGGCCAAUGGUGCAACCAAGCCUUCCAGACCGUUUGAGUUUAAAAAUGUCAAGGUCGUAGAGCGGAAGCAUCAACUGGAGAAGCUGCUCAAAGUGGAAGGUCCGCAGGUCAUCUUGGCCAGCGACGUCAGCUUGGAUUGGGGCUUUUCGAGAUCUCUACUGCAACAUGUUGUGCAACGGCCGGAGAAUCUCGUCAUUUUGACAGAGAGAUUGAAUGGCCACCGGGAAUCUGAUAGUCCUGGUCAGAUCUUCUGGAACUGGUUCGACGAGCGUCAGGAUGGUGUUGCCCUCGAGCGAGCUGAAGGUACCGGUCAACUUGAACAGGUGCACAGCGGUGGGAGAACGCUGAAGCUAAAGAACCCAGAAAAGGUGCCGCUUAGCACGCAGGAGACUCAACGAUAUCAGCAGUACAUAGCCACCCAAAGGCAAAUUCAGGACUCGCUGGCGGCGACUGAAAGAGAUCAAACGGUGGCAGACGACAAUAUAGAUGACGAAUCGAGCUCGUCCUCGUCUGAUGAAUCAGACGAUGAACAGCAAGGCCGAAUCUUGAAUGUUUCCGCUGCUCUCGGGCACGGAGCGCGGAACAAGCUCGCAUUGAGCGAUGAAGACUUAGGGGUGAGUGUCCUGCUGCGCAAGAAAGGGGUGUACGACUACGAUGUGCGGAAUAAGAAGGGACGGAACGCUGUGUUCCCCUAUGCUCACUCGCGGAGACGCGGCGAUGAGUUUGGGGACUUCAUCAAACCCGAGGACUUUCUGCGGGAGGAAGAGAAAGAGGAACAAGAUGGCCAGGAUGACAGCAAAACGGGAGGCAUGUUGGGGCUGAAGCGAAAAUGGGACGAAGCGAACAACGCCAGAGACUCACACUCAAAGCGAGCUCGAGGGCAUGCUCCGAAACCCACGGCAGCAGGGAACUCUGGCGAAGAGUCGGACUCGGAGACCUCGGACGUCGAAGGCGAAGUCGAAGCGGAAGGGCUCCAAGGCCCGGCGAAGAUUGUAUAUUCGACUACCGAAAUCACGGUCAAUGCUAGGCUGGCGUUUGUGGAUUUUGCCGGCUUGCACGAUCAGCGCAGCCUGCAGAUGUUGAUCCCGCUGAUCGGACCCAAGAAAUUGAUCCUGGUUGGAGGCACCGAGGCGGAAACGCUUGGUCUGGCUUCAGAUUGCAGGGAGCUCCUCGGCAUGAAGAUGGUCGGCGCAGAGGAGCAAACAUCCACGGAAAUUUUCGCUCCUGGCCAAGGGCAAACCGUCGAUGCGAGUGUCGACACCAAUGCCUGGGUUGUGAAACUGAGUCGUGCCUUAGUCAAGACACUGCACUGGCAGACUGUCAAGAACAUGGGCGUGGUCACGGUCCAAGGCCAGUUGAAAGGUGAGGGCGACCAGGACAUGGAUGUGGAGGAAGAUCCCCUCCUGAAAAAGCCGAAGUUGGACACGGAAACAGCUCGCCAAACACAAGCACCACCUCCUCCUCCUCUAGUGCCCGUCCUCGAUCUCUUGCCUGCCAGCUUGGCAGCUUCCACGAGAGCCGUGACACAACCCAUCCACGUGGGUGACUUGCGCCUGGCUGACCUACGAAGGAUCAUUGCCAUGGAUGGUCAUCUCGCAGAAUUCCGCGGCGAAGGCACCUUGUUGGUUGACGGACUGGUUGCAGUGAAGAAACUCGGCACCGGAAAGAUCAUUGUGGAAGGCAUCCCAGUCAGCGGAGCCGCCAUGACUGCAAAUCGGGCAGAUACCUACACCCGGGUGAAGCGAAAGGUCUAUGAGGGUCUUGCGGUUGUGGCGGCGGGCUGA